GUAGUGUGGUGGAUUUCGUUGUUCCCUGUACCGGCUUCGCUAAUUUCGCCCCCGUACUGUACGCGCUGCUCCAAUCUAAGUGAGAACGCCAUUUGCCGACUUUUCGGUGGGAAUUAUCUGUGUGUGAAUUAUUCCGCUGCUGUGCGAGGCGCGUAAACACCCUCGAAAAGACGCGCAAUUCGCAAAUAGACGUCCGCACCCUGCACCCAAGCUGUCAUCAAUCGGUCGCCCGCGCUACCGUACCGAUACGUAGGGGCCACCCUUUUUCCCGCUUCCAUGGUGUGUGGUGCGCUUUGGUGUCAAUCUUUUGGGCGACAGUUUUCUUGCGCGCCUUCGAUGGAGCAGCAGAAUCAUUUGAAUGGCAACAGCCGCAGUGGAAAGAUCAGCUCCAACCGUUCAACAGUGCAACAAUAACUGCAGUCCAUUGCCGUCCGAGGUGCGUCCAAUCGUUUGCGUAUUGCUGUGCUACAUGCUGCGGCUUUAGGUUGUUUGCCCUUGGAAAGAUUGGGGGCUCCUGCACCGAUGGACUAACUGCACGGCACACUGUGUUUUACCCCAACUGUGAAGGGACGAUCACGCCAACCGUAGCCAAAAGGUGCCUUUUCAGUGUGCUGCAAGUUACGAGACAGCAGGAAAAUUCAUUUAAACAUUACUAAACUGUGCGAGGUUUGCUGCAGCAAAAACCAAUACCCUCGAGUGUGUUUGUUGUUAGGCUUGCUCCCUAGCCGCGUUAGGAGGGAUGCUGCUGUCAUUCGGUAGCAGUGAGUGAUCAACCUGCUUUGUUGUGUGCGAGCUCAAGUAGGCGACAAUUGCAGCGGAAAAUUAACACGCGAACUGCAUAAUUUCGUGGGACGACGGUACAUCGUUUUCCAUUUGAUUCGCAAACCCAUCAAAAACAUUUCAUUUAUCGAUAUAGGAGAAGAAAUAUUAGACUAUUAGAACUCGCAGAAUAAGUUCCACAACUUUGAAACGAAUCAUCAUCAUCAACGUGCAAUUACACACCUGUGCAUCAUGUCGGCAAACGAGGAAACGGUUCCGAAUCCACCGAUGAGUGGUAUGCGGGAAAUGCUUCGGGAAAAGCUUAGGGAAAUUUGCCGUACGCUUAACAUCGAUGCCAACACGGAGCAGUCAUCGUGGGAAGCGAUCGAGACAACUCUCGAACAGUUCGAUCUUACGGGAAACAUAAAACACUGGAUAUGCUGCGCUCUUUACGGUGAAUGUCUUAAGGAGCUUCCAGCUGUUGGUCAUCCGGGUCACUUCGUACAGGGUAAUGGCGUUAACAUUACAAAGUUGCUGACGCAGUGCAAUAUUAGCAUCCAGGAUUUCUUCACCGCGAUGAAAAAUUGGGCUGAAAUUCGUUCGCUGCCCGGUCACCUGCAGAAGACACUAGAUAAUUUGCUGCACGGUUUUUCCGUCUCGAUCACGGCCUAUACCGUGUUCUGCGUGAUGUUUCCGCGCAUCUUCAACGAAGCGAACAUCGUACCGGAUGAACCGAAGCGUAGCAAGAAAUCGAAACCGAACCCAUGCUCGUACAAUAAGCUGCGCGAGUUCUGCUGGGUGUUGUUUCUCAACGUGAAGGAAGAGCACAGCGAGCAGCGGAACGAUCUCGCCACCGCCAAGGAUCUGUGCGUGUGCGUAUUCGAUCUCAUCUAUAUCAAUCUGGUUGCCGAAGGGCGCAUGGAUCUGAUCAAUCCCAAAGUACUGAGCGAGGGUGGCAGCAGCUCGGUGGAUGGUACGACUGCUGCGGCCGAAGCAGCGAUGAGGGUAAACUUAAGGGAGCAGCUGUGCAAAGAGUAUGCGACCUCGAACGAGAGCGUGGACGGUACGAACCUUAACAUAUUCCUGCCCUCCCUGGCGGGAAUGUUGGAAGCGAAUGAGCUGAAAGGUACAAGUGUCACGGCCCUGUACGGCGUUAAAUUGGCCAGCGAAACCUACACGGGUCUCGUUUCGGUGGCCAAUUUCGAGGAAAAUAAUAAAUCGCUUAACCGUCGCUACGAAAGUGCCAUCUUGAAGUGUGGCAUGUUGGACGAGCGAAUUGUACUCAGCAGCCGUACAUCACCGACGAGUCAAAGGAAUCGCUGGAGCGACAGCAUUGCAGGCCAUCCGCGAACCCCGCUUAGCAUCAAAUCGGGCCGGGCAGGUGCGCCGACCGGAAAUCGAAUCGGCAUCGCGACCGGUGGUGGCGGAUCGGAUCUGUCAACGAACAGUCCGUUCCUCGUGCGCGGUACGCUCACACAGUUGAUGAAAAAAAUCCAAGGCCACCAUAGGGGCCAACCGCGGGGAAAUUUUCUAGUGCUGAUGAAAAACUGUACCCCUAGUCCGCUCGAUACCGUGCUGGAGCACGUUGCGCAGAUGAGGAAUCGGUUUGUGGAGAAGCUAAUUGAAGGUGAAAGAUGGCAUGCGCGGACAGCCGAAAUCCGGUUCGAUGCGAUUGAGGGACUGUAUUAUCAGCUGCUGGAAAAUAUUAUUCCGUGGGAGUUGAAAAAACGACCAACGAUGACGGUACCGAAGGUGAUCUUCGACCUGUCGACGAACAAUAUGUUCAACGAGACCUUGAUCGUGUGUGCGGCAGAAAUCAUUUUCUUUCUCCGCCAGGAGCAGCACAAUUUCCCCUGGAUACUGGAUGUGUUCGGUAUGGAACCGUUUCAGUUCUUCAGCAUCAUCGAAGUGACGGUAUCAGCGAACAGUGAUAUAUUCACAUCCGACAUUGUGAACCAUCUCCGCAGGAUUGAGGAGCAGAUCGUGGAUUCGAUUAGUUGGAAGAGUUCCUCGAUUCUGUGGGAUUGUAUGGAGAAGGAAAAUUAUAAAAUUCCAUCCAAUAAGGAUGUUGAGUUACGGGCGGAAAUAGCGGGAGUAACGCCGCUGAAGAGCGAUUCCAUACCCAACACACCGAACGGUGCUCGUGGCGGCGGCUCAUCCGGAAUAGCAGGUUCCAUUGCCGCCGGUCCUUCAUCAUCGAUGGUAACUUCAGCAACCGGGCGUCCAACACCGCAUCCCGAUUCGGCGAAAAAAAAGCUGUUUGUUGAUCCUGCCGCAACGCCAACAAAAAUAUCACCGGCAACAGCGUCAACAACGUCCAAUACUGGCACUGCUGUUACAGGUGGUACUGGUGCAGGCACCGGACCAUCUGCCGCGUCCUCCGAAUUGGCCAAUGUGCCAGGCUAUGUUAUCAACGGAAGCAAUGAUUCAAAGUCGAUCUCAUCGCUAAGUUCUCCUCAGCGCGGAAUCAACGAUAAUAAUCCGCCUUCUAUUGAAACGCGUCGAUUGAACUUUUUCUUUCGCAAGAUGUACCAGGUCGCGUACUAUCGGCUGUGCAAUCUCUGCCAGAAUCUCGGCAUCGAUUCGGAAGCGACCCAGAAACUGAUCUGGACAAUAUUCGAGUAUACGAUCACGAAAAGCUCGAAGGAUUUGCCGCGUGAUCGCCACUUGGAUCAGCUGCUCAUGUGUGCGAUCUUCGUGACGGUACGCCUCAAGAAGUUGCCGAACACGUUCAAGCAGAUCAUGCACUGCUACCUCAGUCAGCCACAGGCAAACAGCUCCAUCUAUCGGAGCGUCUUCAUUCGUUACGAAAACACAGCACCAGGGGAAGGCGGCAACAAAGGGGAUGAUACAAAUGGCCGGAAUGAUGAGCCGACAGGUGAAAACAAACGGCUGCCAGUGACGGAGAUGGGAGGCACCUCGGUGCAGUACGGUCGGGAAGUAUACGGUGAUAUAAUCAAGUUCUACAACGAUAUCUACGUACUGAAGGUGUAUGAAUUUGCUAUGCAGUAUAUCAACACUGACGUGUCGCAGGAAUCAUUAUUCCUCUCGCCAACGCCCAAAUCGCAAACGCGCAACAUACAGAAAUCACCACGCCAGAUCAGCUCCGGCAUCAAUCUGUUUGUAUCGACCACAAACAAGAUUUGCUCGUUGCAGGACUCACCGAACGUUCGCGAGCUCACCUUCUCUUCGAGCCCUGGGCAAAGCCCGACGAUACACGACCGUAAGAUACCAGCAUUGGCUCGUGACAAAUCCGGAGAUACGGUUGUUCGCAAAGGAGCCGAAUCAUCCGCAUUCGAAUCAACGGUACCACCGAAAAUGAGGCGGCUGGAUAAAAUUCAUCAGGAUCGACAGCAUCAGGAUCACGAAUCGUCGGAAAUCGAAUAGAACAGGAUGAACCCCCCCUUGCAGGACCGUCAAAAUCGCCGGUUUCAGAUUAACACCUUUCCUCCCUCAACUCCCUUCCGUUAGAUGCGUCAUUUCUGUUUUUUUUUUAACGUACGAAUUUAAGCUUCACCAAGACGGGACAAAUAACGGACUUUCUAGGACAAUUCGGUACUCAUAGUGUAUACAGAUUUUCGACUAUUCUUAUGUUUUGUUUUAAGCUGCCGAGAAGGAAAUCUUCUCCUGUAGGUAAAACCAGCCCUGGUGGUAGUGCAAUUUAUUGGUUCCACUUCCCUUUUAAAGAACAAUCUGCUUCACGCAGAUAGCAUUGUGUGUGCAUAGGUGUGUUUUAACUGAUCGAAGAAAUGAUGGGUGGUGAACAUAGCAAUUUAGGAUUCGUUGACUGUGUAAUGUUAAGUUUUAAAUCCUGUUGGUGUAAUCUGGUUCUGACCUUUUUGUUUUGCUUCGAACAAUACGACUUACAUUACUUGUGAGUAAUGUUGGGGUUAUGGUUUUAACUAUAUUGUAUAAUAUCUAUCCCUUAUUGAAUUAUUUCAUCGUUUUUUAUCAUUUCCACCCCACUGUGCGUUUUUUACCGCUUAGAUUGUUCAAAAAAUCAAAACGAACCAUUCUUGCUGACGCGAUAGUUUGUUUAGAGUAUGUUUUUUAUCCGCUUUCUGUUUUGUGUUUUAAGACUAACAUAUAGAUGAUGGCAUUAUGUUUGAGAUUAAAUGACAAACUUGAUCUUUUUUGUAUGUUAACAAUUAGUAAGCGACAGAGAGCUAGGAAACGGUACUGACUGCACUCAUGCGCUCUACCACUGAUAGCGCCCUGCCAUGCGGUGCGGUUCUGUCCCAUGUGCUCAUCCUUCCUGAACACCCUUACUGGCGACAAGUUUUGGUGGAUCUCAAAGUUCGGUGUCUUUCAUUAUUGUGAUCUUCUUUUUUCCAUUUUAAACGUAUUCUGCGCCUGUACUGCGUGUACAGGCGCUUAUGCGUAUAAUGUAUGUUUAUGUAUAUGUAUGCGUGUGCGUGUGUGUGUUAGUGUGUAUAAUGUAUAAGUGUGAGAGGCUCGAUUUUUAGCCCUUGCCAAACAUAGACUUUUAGUAGCAAAUCUUAAUAAUUUUAUAGCACACGAAAAACAUGCCCAUCCCCCUCCCUUAGUGUAUAGUGUCUAAUGUUUAUUUAUUUAAAGCAACCAACCUCUACUUACACUGGAUUCAAUCCGCGCGUUCAAUCUACGAGGAUCAUUCUUGUUUUGCUUUGUUAACAAUCACAAAGAAAAAUACAGCAGCGCUCCUCCGUGGACUGGAUAGUGUUUUGUUCCGGUACCUUUAAUUCCACCGGUAGGCUAUAAAAUGUGUAUGAAGAUAUCCGACCUUGCAACAAUAUUCAGGUGCGCGACUGGAAGAUUGUCUCUGUCGGAGAUUGAGUGAACAAAUCGCGUAUCUCCUCAUUGCAUCUCAAUGCGCAAAAACCUAGAUUUGCAGUAGUUUUUGCCAGGCUGGCGGCGUACAAAAACAAAAACGUUCUGCGGAUAUGUAUACCCCCGAUCCCAGUCGUUAGAGGGACGGCUGAUGUACGUGUACAGUAUUACACAAUCUUUUGACACUUUGUUUGGAUUUGAAUUAGUAGAUGAACGAAAUUUUGCAAUCCCAUAACCGAAAAUAGAUGCAUUCAGAAGGAUGAGAAUACACUGGACGCUGGCAGAAUUAUCGCAGGUGCAGUUAGGGCGUUAGCUGGGUAGUAUCAUAGAGAUAGAGAGAUUGAAGGGAAAUUACGACGAACGAAUUUGUAGAAAGUUGUCCUACCCUUUUAAUGAGGUUCUUUAAGGUUCACAAGCUAAUAACACCUAGCAAGGAUUGGCUACA